AUGGCGACUUUUGCCAAUCAUCAUGGCUGUUUAAUACAAUUAUCUUGUAAUAGUAAAACAGCUCGACGCAAUAAAGCGGAAUCAGAAUUUAAUAAUGGCUUAGUGAUUACAGAUCGAUGUAUUAGUGAUGGCCAACUCUUUCAAGUCCAUAUUGAUCGCAAGAUUAAUUUAUGGUCUGGUUCUUUAGCCAUUGGUGUAGUAUGCAAUUUCUCCGAUGAAAUCAAUCUUCCAACGAGUGCAGUCGGAUUUACCAAUGAUGCAUGGAUUUAUUAUGAGAAUUCCAUCUUUAAAAAUGAGAUUGUUUGUAUCGAUAGUUAUGGUACAGAUUUAAAUAGUUUAAAUGAAGGCGAUAGUGUCGGUAUUCGUUGGAUUACAACACAAGAGAAUGACUUGUCCACGUCGUCAUCAUCAUCGUCAUCUGAUCCGUCUUGUUCAUCCAAAGCGGAUGUUACUUAUGGCGAUUUACACUUCUACGUGAAUGGUGUCGAUCAAGGUGUUGCUGCUACCAAUGUACCAGCAAAUAUCUACGCUGUUGUCGAUGUCUAUGGUCGUUGUGCUCAAGUAACGAUUAUCGAUCAUCCAAUAGGAGAAUCUCCAUUAAUUCCUACUCCUGGUGACGUAAACAAAGUCAAUAGACCACAGACACAGUUAUCUAGCCAAGACGAGAAUCAACUAAGCUACGUUCCACAAGAGCUAUCCAAUAAUGCCAUAGCACUGCCUACCAUGACAACAACAGGACAAGAAUAUUAUGAUAGCCGAGACAAUGAAGAUUUGAUAUUCCAGUCUCAAUGCAGCCCUCAAGUAAUUGUAUCAAUAGAUUGCCGAACAGCUACACGUUGCAAGUCUGCAAAGAUAACCAAUAGUGUUUGCACGAUUGGUAGUAGACCAAUUAUGAUCAAUGAGAUAUUUCAAGUCAGAUUAAACGAGAUUGACAUUUGCUGGUCGGGAUCGAUUGAAUUGGGUUUAAUUGCCACUCCUCCAGCGAUAGAAAAGCUACCAACGUCACUAAAAAGUCUCAAGUUUUGUUGGGUUUUUUCCGAAAGUAACAUAACUUAUAAUUGCCAGACUGUUAUGACCAAUUAUGGCCAUAUUGAUAUGGAUUGUCUUAGUGUUGGAGACGUUAUUGGAAUGGCUAUAUUAGAAGAUUCUACACUUCAUUUUUAUAUCAAUGGACACGACCUAGGCGUAGCCUCGGAAAAUAUCCCUCAGACAGUAUACCCUUUGAUAAAUCUUUCCGGACGUAUAAUUUCCGUAACUAUAGUUGAUAGUGUAGAUGAUGUACCUUUGCGAGAACGAACGCUUACUAAGAGUGAAUCUAUCAGGCAGAGACGUUCCGGUGUUAUUAAUUGCAGAAACUACGACGAUGCUUUUAGCGUUAGUCGAGAUUCAAGCUUAUCACGUUCAAAUUUGAGUGCAAACUCUAGCUACAUGACUGGUAGUACGAGCGAUGACGAUUCGGAAUUGAAUAGUAGCAACAGCAGCAGUACUUGUACAGAUAGUGAUAAUGAUGAUGAGAAUAGUGAUAUCGCUCCAGGUACUGCAAGAUUAAGUGUAAUACAUCAAACACUAGAUAGGCAGUCUUCAAUCAAUAAGAUAAAUUUUCAUAACUUACAUGGCUAUAAUGUGGUGAUAUCUGGCGAUGGAUUAACAGCUAGUCGCCCAUAUGCGCUUAAUGAAUUUAAUAAUGCUGUAGUUUUAACUGAUCGCCCAUUACGUAAUAAUGAACUAUUCGAAGUAGCCAUAGAAAAAAUGAUUGAUCGAUGGUCCGGUUCAAUUGAAAUUGGAGCUACGCUGGUCAAACCUACAGAAUUAAAAUUUCCUGAUACAAUGACCGAUGUCGAUUAUUCGACAUGGAUGUUGUCUGGUGCAUCAGUUAUGCAGAAUGGCUCCACUAUUUCUAGCGAUUACCCUUGUGACUUGGACAAGGUUAAGAUAGGCGUUUAUGGAGUUAUAGAUUUAUACGGUCAAUGUGCUCAAGUAUCGAUAUGCAAUAAUAGUAUUGUUUGUACUAAUGGGGAUACAAGACCUUCUACUCAAUGUAAUGUUGGCAAUGAUCAUAAUCAAAAUAUAAUAUCUGAUAGAGAAGAAGCAUCGGCAAACUACCGUGAUUCAUCCAAUAACUCAAUCAAGCAUUCUUUCAGAGAAUUAUUUGGUAAAAAUAUUACGUUAUUCAAUCAAGACUGUUCCGCAGUUCGAUCUCGUAGUUUCAACCAUGGUAUAUUGUUUAGUAAAUCAAAAUUGGAAAAUGAUGAAAUGUUUGAGAUAAGAAUUGACGAGAUUGCAUCUCAAUGGUCGGGGUCGAUCGAAAUUGGUGUAACAUCCUGCAUUCCAUCUUUGUCGACUUUACCACCUUCUGCUACGGAGCUUCAGAAUGAUACAUGGAUGAUUACUGCGAAAGGCAUUAUCAGUAAUGGAAAGCUUGUAGAAGAAAGAUAUAUUCCGUCGUUGGAUCGUCUUAAUCUUGGAGAUCGUCUAGGUGUCAUGAGAAAGCGGAAUUUGUCUUUACAUUUUUUCCUGAAUGGAACAGAUAUGGGUAUAACGGCUUCAACAGCAUGCGCAAAUGUCUUUGCUGUGGUUGAUUUAUAUGGGAAAGCGAAAACUAUUUCUAUUGUUAGCAGUAACGCUAGUCAAGCAGAUGCCUUAAGAACAGAAUCCCGCUUGUCUUCGUAUAUUGAAGCCGCUGUGGAUGAAAUAGCUCGUGAAUUAGCUCAUGACCUGAUUUCAAUGACACCAUCAAAUCAUUCGGUCGCAACUGCUGACGGUUCUGAAGGUCAAAGUGAGAACGGAGAUAGUCAAAUCAUAUAUGAAGCUGAUGAAUCUUACGCUGGAAAUUUUAGUGACAGUGACAGUUCAAACUCAUCUUUAAUUACUACAGACAGACACAAGAGUGGAAUGACGUUUUAUUAUGACUGUGCGAAAAACAUUAUUAUCAAGAAUGAUGGGCAGACGGCAGAAAGAUGUCGUGGCUACGAUCAUGCUGUUGUUGUCAGUCAAGAUCCUUUACUCGAUAAUAAAUUAUUUCAAGUAAAAAUAGAUACCAUUGAUGAGCAUUGGUCUGGAGCCAUAGCUAUUGGUGUUACGGGUUUAUCUCCUAAGCAAUUUGAUAAUAUUUCUACGGCUGUUAACGUAAAAUUAGCAACAUGGGUUAUCAGUGAUUGUUCGGUUUAUCGUAACUCUGUCCGGACUGUGGACCAUUACUGUACAGAUCUUAAGGAGUACACUGUAACUGAUGUUAUUGGCAUAAUAUGUGAUGAGCAGCAUUGCCUCCAUCUUUAUAUCAACGGCGUUGAUCAGGGUGUUGCAGCAGAAAAUAUGCCGCCUAUUCGGUAUGCAUUAGUGGAUCUUUACGGGAAAUGCAAGCAAGUUACAAUAUUACCCGAUAAUUUCAAUUCUAAGCCUUUAAAUGAUGUUGGCCAGAAUGAUUUAGUAGAAACUAUAAAUGACAACGUUGUUAAAGAAAGACAUUCGUGUGAUUAUAUGGAUACGAUUUGCAAAUUUCGAAGUUCUCUUGGUUUGCCACAAGCAUACUUUGUCGAUAGUGACGAUAGCAUUAACUGUUUUUGUAUAUCAUGUUGCGAUAAGCGAAACUCAACUUGUAAAUAUUUUUAUCGGGGCAACCCUCCCCUAAAGACAUACCCCCCGAAAUGUUGGUGCAGAUUCACCCUAAGGUUGCCACCCAAGCUAAUAGAUAACGUAAAUCUUAAUGAAUGGUACAUUGGAUAUUAUCCAUCUACUGUAGGGAAUGUUAGACAAAUUUUAGAUAACAGAAUACUGGCGACUGGCAAUGAAGAUGAUUAUGACAGGGAUAUUUCUGUAUCAACUAAUAUUUGUCACAUUCAAGAACAUGUUGAAAUAUCACAGUUUAGGCACGAAGUAUUUGGUUUAGUCUCUGUUGCCUUUGAAGUUUAUAUCAAGCCUGACGCGACUACUAUAGCUGACAUCGAAGGAACAGGCGAUCAGUGUUCCAUGUUAACUUUUAAACAUUCACCACGAAAUAUGAUUCUAUCCGCCCUGUUAAUCAAAUUGGAGAGCAGCAGUGAAUAG